CAGCGUCCGCUCACUCAACGUAAGAAAAAAAAAGAGCUGCGUUACUCGAUCUUUCCUUCUUCCCCUUUUUUUUAUAAGUUGCCUGUCAUGUCAAGCAAUUUACAGGGUUCUGCACUUCAAUCCUAUCUUAUUCGUGAAGUCCAAACAUUAUGCGAUGCUGAUCCGGACUUGGUAGCGCAGUACAUUACCGCCUUGAUAGGUUCUGGUGAUCCACCACACAUUCUUCGACAAUCACUUGACGAGAAGUUGAGGGAAUUUUUUGGCGAUCAGACCGGUCCUUUCAUUGACAGAUUGUUCAAGGAAUUAGGAUAUGAUUCGAACGACAAACACGAUAGUAACAAUGAUUCACGUGCACCAGAACGCAGUCGUCAGGCAAGCGAUUAUUCUGAUGAGGAGGAUGACGGCGACCGCAAUUUCAAGCAUCGACGACCAAGGUCGGAAGCAGCACGCGACAACGACGGUCGAUAUUCGCGUUCCUCUGGAGAUGAUAGACAUUAUAAUAGCAGCGGUAGCAGCAGAGACAGACGCCACGUAUCUGAUGGCUAUGGAGGCAGUAGACAUUCACGUAACGAAGGUUAUCGUACGGGUUCAAACUCGAUUCCUCGAGGACCUGCAGCCAUGUAUGACCGCAGACAGCAACAUCUGUCGUCAUUACCGCCGCAUCGAGGACCAGGAGGAGGAGGAGGUCGUGGUGGAUAUCGAGGCGAUAUAAGUGGCGGUCGUCCUAUGCGUCCUCUUUGCCGAGAUUAUAAUGAAAGGGGAUACUGUACGCGAGGUGAUAUGUGCCCAUACGAUCAUGGAGCAGACAGAAUUGUUGUAGACGAUGGUUCGUUCAGCACACCAACUUUUCCCAAUGUGUCUACUCAAAUGGGCCCACCUCUGUAUCAGCAACAACAGGCAGCACCACCGUUCUUUGGAAUGCCUGGUAACUUUGAUGCAUAUGACCCAGAACGCGCAACACUGAUGCCAAACAGUGGCAACAUUCCAUCGUUCCCCGUUGAUGUUCCUGGCAUGAUGAUGCCUGCAACUUCUGACAACAUGGGCGGUAAUCGGAUGUUUGCUACACCUCGUGGUGGAGGAAUGAUGCGGGGUCGAGGAGGACGAGGCGGUCGAGGACGUGGCGGCGGUCAUAUGGGACCAGUACACCAUAAGCGACAAAACACGACCCUGGUGGUAGAAAAUAUACCGACGGAAUUCUGCGAGAUUUCGAAAGUCAACGAGUACUUUAAAAAGUUCGGUUCCCUGACCAACAUCAGCGUCCAAAGUCACAUGCACAAAGCCAUCUUACAGUUUGCAACCAAUGCAGAAGCAAAUGCGGCCUAUAGCUCACCCGACCCUAUAUUCGACAAUCGUUUCGUGAAAGUGUAUUGGUGCAAAGAGAAUGAAGACGAUAAUAAGGCAGCAUCAUCCGACGCCUCUGGAGGACGAGCAAAGCCAGACACUAAAUCAUCACCAUCGACUACGACAUCUAUGAAACGACAAAGCGAGCCUGAUCCGGAAGAAGUUGCUGCACGAGCCGCUGAACUUGCCAAGCUACGGGAGGAGAAGCAAAAGAAGCAUCAGGAACGCAUGAAGGCUAUCCUUGACGUCCAAAAGCAAAAGGAGCAGCUGCUACAGAAGCAGAUUGAAGAACAAAAGCAACUGAUGGGGAAGCUCUCAAACUCCAAGGAUAUGACGAAAGCGGAAAAGGAAGAGCUGUUGAAAUCUCUUAAAAAAAUUGCGAAAGAUAUCGAUAUCUCACGCGCAGCAAAAGCUUCAGCUUUACCUCCUUCCAUGACGACUACCGCGGCGGCAUCCGCCAGUGCACAAGCUCCCACUCAACAGACGCCUGCUGAAGCAUCUCCUUAUGCUACUGCUUCAGAACCAACCGGUGAGACCGCUGAUGGUGCAACCGCUACAUCUUCAGAAGAGCUUGCCGCCAAGCUGGCGAAAUUAGAAGCAGAGGCUGCAUCUCUUGGAAUCACACCACAGAGUCAGGGUGGUGGUUACCACGGAGGCCGUGGUGGCUAUUAUGGUCGUGGACGGGGUUACCCGAGAAUGCGAGGUGGUGGCGCGGUGCGUUACAGCUUGGAUAAUCGCCCAACUAAGAUAUUUGUAAAAGGUGUUCCUGAGGAUGCAAAGGAUGAGAUGCGUAAGCAUUUUGAGCAAUUCGGUAACUUAACGAUGGUCGAAUCACAUGAAGAUGGUAUUAUUGUGGAUUAUAGCCAGCGUUUCGAAUCAGAAAAGGCAAUGGUGGGCGGAACAAGUACACCUCGCGGAAAGCUUGAGUUUUCAUGGUAUACCGGCGCGAUGUCGAAUGGUUCAUCGCAACCCUCUACUCCCACUAGUACCACUACAGCUGCUACCACAAGCGAAGCACCAGUUGAUGGUGCAGCAUAAAUUUAUUUUCUCUACUUUGUACAUAUCGAAAAAUUAAAAGCACAAAAUAUAAACCAGAAAAGAAAGAGGAUUAAUCUUUUCAACAUUUGGCAUACAGGUUUUGGUGCUCUAUAUGUAAAUGCCUUUACAUAUAUCUUACUCUGCUUUUCGUAGUCCAAUAUAUAUCGUGAUGAAGUUGAUUUGUUAUUUUAUGAUGUAUCUAGAAAGAGUUAGCAUGAUCCGAUGUACUAUCAUGAAAGUUAUAUUAUCAUUAUUGAAAUGCAAGAGUGCGCUUCUUUAUUAUUGUGUUUGCAAAG